AUUUUUUUUAAAAAAAACAUGAGCGAUAACAAUCUUGGGAAACACGUAACGGACUAUAUGAUAUCUGAAAACGAGUCAUCUAGCAAUGCUAAAAAAUCAGCUGAAAGUGUUAUGGAGCUUGUUAAUACCGGAGAUGUGAAGACAAAUUUAAUCAACCUGAUUCAAUCUAUGGGGGAAUACCUUGUUCAUAACGAUAGCAACAUACGAUCGAAAUCGACAUGUUUGUUAUCCUAUGCUAUUGAGCAUUGUCAUCAAGAAGAAUUGACGGAACCAACAGUGAAUGUGCUUGUUAAAUUUUAUACUAGUCGCUUAUCAGAUCAAUUUAGCGUACCUAAUUUAAUGACAGGUUUCAUUGCAUUAACUGGUAAAUUCGACCAUUUCAAUACUGUUUGUACAAAGACCGCCAUCGAAGGAAUUAUGAAUCAAGUAUACCUUCAAUCUUUUCCUCAUAUUACCAGAAAUGCCACAUAUCAGGUGUUCGAGAACAUUUUAGAUUAUCACUGUGAAGAUGUCAAACUGGUCAAUGAUACAUUCAUUAGCGGGUUUGCUAGAUCCAUGACUGGCGAAAAAGAUCCUCGUAAUUUAAUGAUUGUUUAUGCCAUUGUUCAAAAGAUGGCAAAGUUGUUGGAUAUCUCCAACCAUGUUCAAGAAUUAUUCGAUGCCACAUUUUGUUAUUUCCCAAUCACAUUUCGUCCUCCUCCAGACAAUCCAUUUGGUAUCACUGCCAAAGACCUCAAAUCCAAUCUCAGAAAAUGUAUGGCUUCCACUCCUUUAUUUUCAAAAUUAGCUUUGCCACUCAUCUUAUUGAAAAUGUCUACAACUUCUGGAAGCGCAAAGAAAGAUUCAUUAGAGACAAUUACAGCUUGUGCACCCGUCUAUGGUGCCACAGAACUUUUACCGCUAGGCCGCAAAUUAUUCGAUGCCGUCAAAGUAGAAAUCGUCAACGGAAGUCCCGAUCCUGCUUUACGUGACCCUUCAUUGGACGCUAUACAUGCCUUAACAAAGGCAAUCACAUUAAACGCUACCACCGAAGAUGUUCAAGUCACCGAUGUAUUAAAGCCAUUAAUUGACGACUGUAUCGGUUUACUUGAUGAAUUGGACGAAGAUACUGUCAAACCUGCUAGUCUGGUGCUACGUGCUGCCGCUUCUGCAUCCCCUUUCGCAUAUGCCUUGAUUGAAGCCUCUAUCAUCCCAAUGUUAUUUCGUCAAUACAGAGACAACGAGGAGAUGAAGCAACGUUAUUUAAUCUUGUGUACAAUGGUAGCCAUCAUUCAAGCGAGAAAAAUCGUAUUUGGCUCUGCCUCAGGAAAUGAUCAAGAUGUGGACGUAAGCCAAGAUUCAGUGCUGGUUUCUUAUAAAGAUCGUUUGACAGAAAUAUUCAGUGCGGCCAUUAAAUCUUCAAGUGAUCAUCCCGAGGUUCGUUUGAUGGGUAUACUCGGUCUUGGAUUACUUUGUGUACUAAAGGGUUAUAUGACUCGAAUCGAGAGAGGUACGUGCAUUCAGACAUUGAAUAGCGUGCUUGAAACAGAACAAGAGGAAAAAUUAAGAAUGUCGGUCGAAAUGUCACUAUUUGAAAUAUCUACAAUGGACCCCGAACUUGUUACACACAUCACAGUUCCAGUACUGAUGAAUCUCUUGCCUGAUUUCUCUUCAUCCGGUAGUGCAGGCCGUGUACCAUAUAAACUCACAUUAAAAACCAUUCAAAAAUUAUGCACACCUCCUGCUAUCUACAAGGUCGUUGAGCAGCAAUUACUACAAAAGUUUUUAAUCAUUUGUGGACAUAAUGAAGAUAAAAAAUAUGCUGCCGAAAUGAUAACUACAUUGUCAAAUCUUAUAAAGUCAAAGGAUGCCGAAAAACACAGCGAUCUGAAAAAUUGUACAGAAACACUUUUACCAAGGCUUAUUCAUGCCAUUAUCGCCGCCUCAUUAGAUUCCGAUAAGAAAAAUACGAUUAUUUUAAGUGAUGAUAUUAUGCAGAUUGUAUACUUGAUCAUCGUUUCUGUAUUAAAAAAUUUGACAGCAAGUGAACAACAUGACUAUAUUUCAACAAUGUUCAAGUUGUUCAAGGAGGGCAACCUCCAGAUCCUGGACAUUCAUUCUGGCGCAACAUUCUGUCCACUUUUAGCAAACGCUCCUGAAUCUCAGAUACCAUGCACACAGAUAUUCGGUACAAUGAUUUGUGCACUGCGAAAAGAUGUGGUUUUACCCACUGAAUCAACAGAGUCGUUUUUGGAUGAGCUUGUAGGCGAGGCAUUAAAAAGUCAAAACGAAACUCAAGUCAUCUCUUUAUCGAGAAUGAUUGCUUCCAUUAUCAACAAAUGGAAAGAUGAAGAGACAUUUAAAUCUUAUUUAGAGACUUUGGUGGCAAGGUUGCAAGAUCUUGUCCAAGUAAAGUCACUCGCUGCAUUAACAGUUUAUGUUUGGGUCGCCAAAGCCCUUAUCACUCGAUCACAUAAAAAAGGGUUUGAAAUGACAGAUUCAAUCAUUCAAUGGAUCCCCAACCCAGUGAUUGGAAAGCAAUCUUCUAGUGGAUUUGACGUUUUAAUUGGUGACGACCCGUUAUGUUUAAACAAACAAUGCUUUGCAACUGUCUCGUUUUUACAUAAACAAAAAUUCAUGGCAUACUCUUUGCCCAAAUUGCUUCACAGUUUUCAUGCUGUGAACGCAGAAGAUGAAAAAUUGAACUAUCUUAUUGCCGUCGCAUACUUGUUGAAAAAUGUCCCUAAAUCCAUUCUAAUUGACGAAUUGCCUCCCCUCGUACCACUCUUAAUUCGAUCUUCAUCGUUUCCCGAUACCGUCUUAAAAUUGUCCACACUUGACUUGUUCGAGUUUGCUCUUGGUCAGGCAACCGAUGUAAUGACUGAACAUAUCUCCACGCUUCUGCCUGCUUUUAUCGCCCUGAUUGGGCCCAAUGAAAAGUCCAUGCAUGUGCGUAUUGCAGCCUUAAAAUGUAUAGAUCUUGUAUGUAGAAACAUGUCUCGUGAUCUGGUUUUGCCUCACGUCAAGGAUACUUUAAAAUCAAUCUCGAUAUCUUUAGAUGAUAAGAAACGUCUUGUCAGGAAACAAGCUGUAGAAUGCAGAGAAAGCUGGUUUCUUAUCGGACAGCAGAAAAAAUAAACAAUAAUUCAUUUGUAUUCUUUUCUAAUUUCCUCAAGUAAGAAUGUU